UUGAUGUGAUGUCACAUCAUUGCAUUGUGUUAUAAAGCAUCAGUGCAGACUGCAGAGCUCACUGAGUUGUACAUCAAGCAUUUCGGCUCUUUUCUUAAAUAUUAUCAGAGAGAAUGAACUAUCAAGCAAAUAUGUCAGGAUUUGCCUCUGCAGUACCAUCAGAAGGUACAACACAGCAGCCUUCUAUUGUUGUCAUUCAACAACCACAGAAGUCUAGCACUCUGACUGAGCCUUCUCCUGAUUACCUUGGGCUUUCAAUUUGUGCCAUAUUUUGUUGCUGGAUAAUUGCAAUAUUUGCAAUAAUGAAGUCAAUGGAGACACGUACCUACAAUCAAAGUGGUGAUUAUGAUAAAGCUCUACAAGCCUCAUCUCAAGCAAAAAGUUAUAGUAUAGUAGCAAUAAUAUUGGGAUUGAUACUCAACGCUCCUCCUAUAAUACUAAUUAUUGUAUUAAAUAUAGUAGCAAGAGCAAAUUAACUGCAGAGACAGUAUGAUGUUCAGAUCAACAUCAUGUGCAUGUGUGUGAGAGAGAACUUGAUUUUUAGUUACUGUACACUGUGAUAAUGUUUCUUAAAUAAUUUUUGGUUGUGUUAAAACUCAGCCAGAUCAGCUAA